AUGGCGACGCGACGACGCGCGCGCGGCGCGCGCGCGGCGAAGCGCGCGCUCGCGUGCGCCCUCGCGCUCGUCGCGUGCGUCACCGUCGGCGCGCGGUGGCGGUCCGGCGGCGAGGCGUCGUCGACGGCGUCGACGUCGAGCGCGACGACGUCCGUCGACGACGACGCGCGCGAGGGCGCGGAAGCGGCGACGGCGGCGCGAGACGACGCGACGCGGUCGACGCUGAAGGCGACGCUGCUCGCGGGGGCGAAAGACGAGGGCGCGUGCACGAACGAGCGCGACGUGCGAGGACGGUUCGCGACGCGCGACUUCGCGCUCGUGAGAGAGGUCGAACGGAGGACGCGCGCGCGCGUCGGAUUCGGAUGGGCGCGCUGGGGAGACGCGGAGAUGAUUUCGAGCGCGAGGGAUGGGUCGCCGAUGCGACUGGCGGUGCGGGCGCUGAUGAGCGUGAGCGCGACGCCGAACUGCGUGCUCAACGUCGGCGUGCACUGGCUGUGCAACGGGGCGCUGCGGAAUAAUUGGAACGCGGCGAUGGACGGCGUGGACGUGAACGAUACGAUCGGGCACGCGUUUUUUUUCUUGCCGAUGGGUGAUCCGGGGGACGACGAUAGGUCGAUGUGGAAGGAGAACGGCGUCGACGGGUACAUCAACGUCGUUCGCGAGGCAAAGCGCAAGGUGAUUUUAGUGGGGCCACCUCACGUCGAGGGGUUGCCGUUCAUAGGGCACAGCGCGUUCGUAGACGCGAGUGGGAAGGGGAUGGGCGGCGACGGCGCCGCGGAUUCCGUCGUACAGCGAAUUUUCGAAAUCGGCGACGCGUUCGACGAGCCGCCGGUGGUCAUCAUGGCGGCCGGUAUGGCGGCGAAGACCGCGAUUUUGAGCGCGCAAGAUCGCAUCAACUCCAAAGGCUGGGGGCUCAUCGAUGCUGGAACCACGUUGGAUGGAUACGCGGGAGUGAAGUCGCGCGAUUACAACGACCCUCGCGUGUACUGCCGAAAAUCUCGCGAACGAGCGCGCGACGAGCACGACGGCGUCGACUUUUGGUUCGCCAAGGGUGUGUGUGAGAAAUUCGGCGCGUAG